GCCAUUAUGUCAGGUCACAUGUAAAUACUGGGGAACCUGCUCACAAUGAGAUCGGCUGUGGGGCUCCUGUUUGUUCUCUCAGCUCUUGUACAGACAGGUCUGUCCCUCUCGUGUGUAUCUUGUGUUGGGUUGGAUAAAACUCCGUGUACAGGGAACAGUACCUUGUGCCCCCCAGGAACAGUCUGUGGUUCUUUAUUCAUAAGAGGCUCAGCUGUACUAUACAGUGUCAUAAGAUCCUGCUUUCAAGAAAGUCAGUGCAACAAAACUGGGACGUUUUCUGCUGGGGAAUAUAAAGGAAAAGAGAUCAGUAACUGCUGUACCACCGACAACUGCUCUCCCUCUACACCCACAUGGAAAAAGACCCCUGAAAUCCAACACAAUGGAUGGAAAUGUCCAAGCUGUGUCCCUUUCCCUUAUGACUGUGUUGAUACAGAUGAGGUGUCCUGUUCCGGUGAUGAGAAUUAUUGUUUUUCUCAGUCCCUUCAAAUCCCAGGAUACGGGUCAGUUCCAUUGAGUGGUUGCAGCACAGAAAGUCUCUGCCAAUUCGCCAAUUUCUCUCUGAACUCAAAUCUGAAAAUAAACAGUACAGCUCACUGCACCAAGGCCAAUAUGAGCGUCUUUAUAUCGACGACUAUGGGAACCACUACAGUCAGUCAAGUUAAUGGAAGCAAUACUGUCGCCUCCAGUCUCCACAUGUGUCUAUAUUUAUGUCUAGCAGUUAUUUUCCUGUCAUCAAUAAACCACCUUGCAUAA